AUGCCAAAUUGGGUCUUUACUAAAAUUCAAAGAAAUUUUUUAUUUCAGUGGAAUGUAACUCCAACUAAUUUAUGGGAUUGGGAUGCUUUGAGAAAAAGAAUUGCAACAUUUGGUGUCCGCAACAGUCUUUUAAUUGCUCCAAUGCCUACAGCUUCAACAGCACAAAUUCUUGGUAACAACGAGUCUAUUGAGCCUUACACAUCGAAUAUUUAUUGUCGUCGAGUUCUUUCUGGCGAUUUUCAAGUUGUCAACCCUCAUUUAAUGCGUGAUUUAAUCCAACUCGGUCUCUGGGAUGACCAAAUGAAGAAUCGUUUAAUAUCUGAUGGAGGUUCUGUCCAAAAUAUAGUUGGAUUGCCAGAAGAUAUCAAAGCUUUAUACAAAACUGUUUGGGAAAUUCCACAACGUGAAAUCAUCAAAAUGGCAGUCGAUCGAGCUCCUUUUAUCGACCAAAGUCAAUCAUUAAAUUUACAUAUUGCUGAUCCAACAUAUGCAAAAAUUACCUCAAUGCAUUUCUUUGCUUGGGAGAAUGGUUUGAAAACAGGGAUGUAUUAUUUGCGUACACGGCCAGCUGUAAACGCUAUUCAAUUUACGGUCAAUAAAUUAGCUUUGAAAGAAUCUUCAUCAACUACUACAACAAUAAGUUUGGAAGAAGAAAUGUCGGAUACUUUAGAAGAAGAAGGGGAAACAACAAUGAUUGUAACAACAAAGGGAGUUGUAAAAGAGCAAGUUCGACGUCAAGUUUUUGAUGAUAAACUUAAUAAACAAAAACAACAAGAAGGAGGAAAUGAAGAGGGAGGUUGUGGAGGAGGAGAACCAGAAUGUUUAAUGUGUUCUGGUUAAAAAAGGGUAUUUUUGAAGAGGAUUAGAGCUGAGCGAAAAAAUGUAGUAAAUUUGAUUUCGUCUCGUGAAGGUGUGCGGACAUAUCGGGAUUGGUGUAACAGAAAUAUUUUCUUGCGUGUUUACGUUUGUUCUAAAACAUAAAAACUCUAUUUCUCAAGAGGGCAAUAUACUAUCCAGGACCCAGUGGCCGUAGGUCCCGAAAUCAGUAGGGUAACUGUUCGUACAUUGAAAUAUCCUGAUAUGUCCGUCAAUUGAGAGAUUUAUUUUUCUCGUUUCGUUGGGAGCGAAAAUUUUAUUAUUUUCGUUCAGCUCUGAGGGGUAGUGGAUUUUGAUUGUUUUGUGAGUGCUUGAAUAUUGUUGACAACAAACAUUUGGUGUUGUA